CAUAUAUUUGUCAGAUGAUUUAUUUAUUUACAAAAGACUAAGGUGAAUUUGGAUUUUCUUUUCUGUGGCUCUUCAAUGGAUAACAAUAAUUAUUAAAAUUAGGUAAAUUUGAAUGUUUCAAUAAUAUCAUAUUUGUUGCCUAAACAAUGCGGAAUUUGUGGAAAUUCAUUGCCGGUUCCGUUGUCGUUGGUACAGCAACAUACAGUUUGGUAAAAUAUUUUGCCGGAGGAGUGUGCAAUUGUCCUACCAGACUAGACGGCCUUUUGGUUAUCAUUACAGGAGCGAAUUCUGGAAUAGGAAAGGCACUUGCUAUUGAAUUAGCUAAAAGAGGUGCUAACUUAAUACUUGCCUGCAGAAACGUUAAAAAAGGCCUGCAAACCAAAACCGAAAUACUUGAAAAAGUCGAAAACCGUUCUAUUAAAAUUUACGUCAAACACCUCGACUUGUGCUCUAUAAAAAGCAUUUCAGAAUUUGCCGAUAUUAUUAAACUAGAGUUCAAAGAACUUUUCGCUCUAGUUAACAACGCUGGAGUCUUUUAUCAUCCGCAGCAAUUGACUGAAGACGGUUUUGAUGUUACUUUUCAAACAAAUUAUUUAGGUCCAUUUGUACUGACCCAUCUUCUGAUCCCUCAUCUGGACAAGCAAGUCCACGCCCGCGUAAUUAACGUCGCCUCAGAAGCCCACCGUAUGGUCAACGUUUACGAUCUAAAAGCGAUUACGACUUGCCAAAAGGAAUUCAGAUCUCACUUCAUCGCUUAUGGCGUUUCAAAACUAGCCUUAAUCCUAUUCACAAAAGAAUUAGCCAAAAAACUCUUAUAUACAAACGUCAUUAUAAACGCAGUAAAUCCUGGCAACGUCGAAACGCCAAUUUAUAGGCACUUUCCUGCAUUAUCCAGCCCGUGGCUGUUUGCCUUGCAAAAACCUUUGAGAUUAAUUGUUGUUAAAUCUCCUAAACAAGGUUGCCAAACUUUGCUGCACGCUCUGUUAACUUCCAAUCGGUCCACUGGUCAAUAUUACAGCGAUUGUAAGUUGAGCUUGGCCAGUCCAAUAGCCUCCAGUGAUAAAAUUGCCAAAGAAUACUACGAGAUGCAAGAAGAGUGGAUUUCGCCUGAUGAUAAAGUUUUCAAAAGGCUUAUUUCAUUGGGCGAAUGGGGUUUGAAACCUUUCGAGUAUAGUAUUGUUAAGUUAAAUAUUUUAGAUUGUCCAAAUGAGUUAUUAUUAUUUAAUAAUGUGUAUGUAACUUUGGGUGAUAAUGAUGGGGAGUUGGGUAGGUUGUUAGAUAUUUGCGUUUGUACGAUGAAUUUAAAGGAAAAAGCUGAAUUUAGGAUUACAGUAGGUUUGGAGGAAGUUUUUGCAGUUAUUGAAUUAGUUGAGCUUGAAUUUAGGGGUUUCAUUUUUCAGUGGAGUGCUAAGCAAAAAUUUGAAAUGGCCUUAAUGCACAAAGAAAAGGGUGCAAUGUUUUUUGCUGAAAAAAAUCAACUCGAAGCUGGUCAUAGAUUUAAUAAGGCUUUGAAACUAUUAUGUUCAAUACCUAUAAAUGUCCAAGUUACUCCUGAAUUUAUCGACAAUGUUAGCACUGAAGAAAUCAAAUUGCUCAAAGCAAAAUUAUAUAAUAAUCUUUCUUCGUGUUAUUUCAGAGAAAAAGUUUACAGUCUAGUCAUUCCACUUUGCCUGAAAGUAUUAGCGAGUGAUUGUAAUAAUGUUAAGGCCUUGUACAAGCUAGGGGUUGCUUAUGAAAAUGAUAAAAAUUUCGAAAAGGCUUUCGAAGCCUUGAGUAAAGCCAUGGAGCUUGAACCUCACAAUAAGGCUUGCGCUGAGCAUUUGGCCAUUGUCAAUUUGAAUUUGAAAAAAGCUAAUGUCAAGGUUAACGAUAUGAUGAAGAAAAUGUUUAUCAGUAAAUAA